UGGGAAAGCGGUGACAGACACGUCGCAUGCUCUUUUCCACGACGAACGCCCCAACUCUUAGAAUCGGACGCUGGUACUCUCAUGUGAUCAUCAAGGUAACCCGCCAUCAGUCGUCCAAGCACGUUGUCGUGAAUGGUCGCUCAAAAUCCUCGCUCUACACGAUCACCGUGCGCCAUCCCACCUCCCAAGCCGUGAUUGCAACCUUGCACAAGUCGGAUUUUGACUUUGAGCAACUUCGGGACCGCUGCAAAGCCGCCCUUCGUCACGGCCACAAGUGCAAUGCGUUGUGCCCUUGGUAUUACGUAGACAUGUCUGAGCACAUGCCGAAGCGGCGCUUGUUUACGUCGCCCUGCAGUCGAUACGCUGUGGGCCUCCACGUCAAGAUCUAUCAAGACCUGUUCGAUCAUACCCUGGCUUUCCUCCAGUGCCCCGACACUCAAGCGUGCCCCAUUGCAGCCCAGGCGAUCCCCCAACUCUUCUUUGAGUAUCUCUUUGGCCAAGAAAUAUUAUUCGACUUGUUUCUAGAGGGCGCCACGUCGCCCCCUUCCUCGGCGUCGUUCUCGGAUACUACGUCGGACGAGGCCUAUGCCCUGUCGAGCUACUGUGGACGGUCAGUUUGCAGUGUUUGUUGCGAUGGUUUUCUAUCCGGACGACCCACGAUGUUGUCUUGUGGCCAUUCAUUCCACGAUGAAUGCAUUGUCCAGGCACUGAAUGUACGGCUUGAAUGUCCCACCUGCGCUUUGGAUUGAAGCGAGCCCACGAGACGUCGACACACCAGUCGUACUAACUAGCCCGAAUGCACACGUAAGGCAAAGAUGAACACGAUAGAGCUCCAG